AUGUCUUUCGGCGGCGGUUUCGGAGGCUUCGGCCAAACCAAUAACAAUAACGCCCAACCCUCAGGAUUUGGAGGUUUCGGUGCGACCAACAACAACACCACCACUCCAGGCUUUGGAGCUACCAAUACUGGUGGAUUUGGCCAACCCAAUACCACUUCUAGUGGCCUUUUUGGAGGCGGCAAUAACAACACCACAGCAGGCAGCUUCGGCUCAACGACUGGAGGUUUUGGCGCAACCAACACUGCCGGCGGUUUCGGAGCGAAGCCAGCCUUUGGAUCUACCACUGGCACGACAGGCGGCGGCCUCUUUGGUUCCGCUGCCACAAAUACCACCGCUACUACUGGCACAGGAUUUGGAGGCUUCGGAAACACUGCGAACAACACCGCUACGACGUCGGCGUUCGGCGGCAACACAGGAGGUGGCAUGUUUGGAGGCAACACUGCCAACAAGACUGGCUUCGGCGCUGCGGCCCCCACAGGCGGUUCGCUCUUCGGUGGAGGCGGCACCACCACGGCCAACACCUCGACUGGUUUUGGUUCUGGCUUCGGUACUGCCAACAACAACACCAUUGGCGGCGCUGCGGGCGACCCUCCUGGCACUGCUAUUACACCUUUCCAGGCUCAUACUGAGAAAGAGCCCAAUAGUACAGCAACCAACUCAUACCAAAACGUCCUGUUCCAGGACCCUUACCAGAAGUGGUCUGCCGAGGAACUUCGACUUACCGAUUAUGUCCAAGGGAGACGGCAUGGCAAUGCUACUGGUGGUGGUGCGUUUGGAGUGAGCUCUGGUUUUGGCGGAGGGUUUGGCGCUAACACGAACACCACCACAACUUCAGGUUUCGGAGCGAACACAACGGCCAGCACUGGUGGCGGUCUCUUUGGAUCAAACACAGCCAACAACACCACAACCCCAAGCACUGGUUUUGGAUCUACUGGCUUUGGUGCCGCCGCCAACAACAAUACCGCUACUGGCGGAGGAUUGUUUGGCAAUACCGCUAACAAGCCUGCUGGAGGUCUCUUUGGCGGCAACACUGCGCAAACGAGCACGACUGGUGGUGGUCUCUUUGGAGGAGGAGGAGGAGGAAAUACUGGCACAACAGGUGGUUUCGGCGCAACAAACACGACUGGAACUGGCUUUGGCCAGACGAACACCAACACGGCGGGGGGCGGUCUCUUUGGCAACACCCAGAACAAACCUGCUGGUACCGGCUUCAGUUUUGGCAACACAAACACCAACGCUACUACAAGUGGGUUUGGAGCUGCCGCUGGUACGACGAACAGCGCUUUUGGAGCCAACAAUGCGACCCAGAGCACGGGCGGUGGCCUCUUUGGUGGCCAGAACAACACCCAAGCUGCCGGUACCGGUGGUGGCCUUUUCGGCCAGAACAACAACCAGGCUCAACAGACUACUGGCUCCGGUCUCUUCGGUGGUCAAAACAACCAGGCUCAGCAGCAAUCUGGUGGUUUGUUCGGCAACAAGCCUGCUGCCCCUAGCGGCGGUUUGUUUGGAGGCGGUGCUGCGGCUCAGACGAACACUGGCGGUGGUCUCUUUGGAAACACCCAGCAACAAACAAACACAGGUGGCUUUGGCGCAGCUCCUAACAAUACUGCUUCUGGCGGUCUGUUUGGCAACAAGCCUGCUGCUCCUAGUGGCGGUCUGUUUGGAGGCGGUGCCACGGCCCAGACGAACACUGGCGGCACUGGGAUGUUUGGUGGUCUAGGCUCGAACAACCAAGCCCAGCAGAACACCGGCACCGGCCUCUUUGGCAGCGCCAACCAGCAGCAGAAGCCUGGUAUGUUCGGUAGUAGCACAAAUAACACUGGCGGCGGCGGUCUCUUUGGAGGCCAGAACAACCAAAGCGCUGGUAACUCGUUGUUCGGUGGUAGCACGAAUCCGCAGCAGCAGCAGAAUGGGGCUUCAAUUCUCGGCAACAGCCAGUCUGCCAACGCUCCUCAGGGUCUAACUGCCAACCUCAACGAUGUCUCUGCAUUCGGAUCUCCUGGCCUUUUCGCCGGCUUGGGAGGAAACGAGGUCCAGAACCCCGGCCCUCUCGCUACCCCUCUCAGCGGCGGCUCCAAGCCUAGGAGGAGCUCCAUCCUGCCUAUGUACAAGCUGGCCCCUGCCUCUGCCUCUCGAUAUGCCACCCCCCAAAAGAGAGGAUUCGGAUUCUCUUAUAGCGCCUAUGGAACUCCCUCAGGCAGCCCAGCCAGCAGCAUUUCCAGCACACCUGGUAACCUCGGUCACAGUCUGUUAGGAUCUAGCAGAUCUGGAAACCUCAGCAAAAGCUUGUCAAGCAACAACCUGCGCCGUAGCUUCAAUACCGAAGACAGUAUCCUUGCCCCUGGAGCUUUCUCUAAUGGAGCUCAGCCCAGAUGGUACGGCAGUACUGGCUCGAAGAAGCUUAUCAUCAACCGAGACAUUAGAAGUGAUCUCUUCUCUACCCCCCAAAAGGAUAAAGCUAUCGAUAACGGAACCGGUUCUCGCAAGCUGUCUAAGCGUGUCAGCUUUGACACUACCAAUGUUGAUAUGGAUGAUAGCACUCCUGUACGCGGUGCACUGCCUGCUGCUAGCGAUGUCGACAGUCCAGCCAACGAUGAGACCCCUCGCCAGUCCCGCGCAACUAACGCAUCACCCGGCUCAAAGACUCCCGAGAUGGAGGAAGUCAAGGGCAAUGAGCUGGCUAUCGUUCACGAGGAGGAUGUCACUGUGACUCCAGAGGCAUCAUCUGUCAGCAGUCCUGACAACACUCCUGGCCAGUACUGGAUCUCACCUCCUAUGGAAGAUCUUGAGAAGUUGAACCGUAUGCAGCGACAAAAGGUUGACCAGUUUACUGUGGGUCGUGAUAAUGUCGGCUACGUGUCUUUCAAGGUCCCUGUUGAUAUCAGCAACAUUGACCUCGCUGAUAUUUGUGGUACUCUGAUUGUGCUUGAGCCUCGCUCGGCCACUGUGUACCCCAUUUCUGCUAAGAAGCCCCCGGUCGGAAAGGGUCUCAACGUGCCUGCAAAGAUUGCGCUUGAGCAGUCCUGGCCCCGCGGUGGUCGUGAUAAGAGGGUUGCCAGCGACCCCAAACGGUUUAACAAACAUGUGGAGCGUCUCAAGCGAAUCGAGAACACGACUUUUGAGAGCUACGACAAGGAUACUGGCAUCUGGGUAUUUUCAGUUGAACAUUUCACUACCUACGGUCUUGAUGACGAUGACUCUGAUGAUGACGAUAUGGCCGAGGGCGAGGCUGUUCCUACUCAAGAGAUGGCUUUCGAUGCCUCCAUCAACUCCGUGGACUUUCUCCCAGCAGACAACACCUUCGACUUUCGGAGCCAUCGUGGUCUGCCUGGCGGAUUUGAUGAGCAGCCACAAGUUUUAGAAACCCAGAUGUCUGGUCAGCAGUCUUUUUUAGGGGUUAGCUCCGCGGAUUCUGCACCCAACGAUGUCAGGCUGUCCCUCGAGGAGGAGUAUGCCGAUGACAUGGGUGACGAAUAUGACGUGUCCGAGGACGAAGACAUGGCGAGGUCUUCUCUCGAACAGCAUCUGGCCGCGGAGCUCGACGAUAACUCGUCCGAGGGUGUCCCGGAAGCCGUCAAGGCUACCCCUGGAGGCAUUCUCAGAGCUAGAAUGCGAGCUGUAAAGGACUCUGCUGGUCCAAUGCAGCUCGAAGUUGCAGAUGGCGACGAUUGGAUGGAAAUGUUGAGAAAGACUGUCAGCCCAGUCAAGCGAGAUCGACAACUUUUGAGAGAGAUGAAUGAGUCCCCAUCAAGAAAAACUGGCGUGUUGAUUGAUCUUGACAAGAGUGGAACUGACACCAUGCGAAAAUCAUCAAUCUGGAGGAAGAGCACAGCAAAGCAAGAUAGAUUGGAUAAUCUUGCGGCAAGCACCAUUGGCAUGGAUAAAGGUCGUGGGUUUGCGACUAGCAUCGAUCUCAUGAACUCACUGUUUGAGAAACCCAAGCCAGCAUCCCAAAACAUGCAAGCCUCAAUGUCUGGCAAAGGCUUUCCCAAGUGGCCCUACCAGAGACAAGACAAGACGAUGACCUUGGACGGAUACGAGAAAGCCUUCCACGACGCUGGCCGACCUACCUGGGGACCGGAUGAGAUGCUUGUUGUUCCUCGACCCCUGGUCUCGGAUGGUGGUCGACGAUCCCUCACCCAACAUGCCGAUAUCCUUUCUUUUCAGCGCUCUACAGUACAGACUGAGACGCAGGAGGUUCGCUUAGCCACCUUUGCGACUGAGCACUCCAAGCGAUACCUCGGCAACCAGGACAAGCUUACUGACAUUCGAAUUGUGGAUGAUGUCCCCUAUGCGGUACUCAACGCUACUCAUCUCGAGGACGUUUUCCACCACCAGGACAUGAACGAUCCCGCAAGCAUGCAGGAGAAGCAUGUGUGGGAGCUAGCCAGCAUUCUCUUCGAUCCACUUGGCGAAUCUACCCAACCCGAACACCUCCUUCGUAGAACCAAGCUUUCUCACUUCUGGUCUCAUCUGGUGGAUUCGGCUUCAUCAACAACCAUCGGCCUUGCUAGAUCGAGCGAAGAAAAGGCCGUCGCUUGUUUGGCCGGCCAUCGCAUCGUUGACGCCUGCAAGCACCUUCUUGAUGGAAAGAACUUUCGCCUUGCUACUCUGCUUCCUCUCAUUGGCACCAGUGACGCUGCCAAGAAAGACAUGCGAGAACAGCUCAAGGCUUGGCAUGAAUCGAAAAUGCUUUCGGAGUUUUCUGAAUCGAUCCGUACUAUCUACGAGCUUCUCUCGGGCAAUGCAUGUGUCUGCGAAGGUAUGAAGGGCGUACCAGUCGAGGAUCGUCUGGAUUCUUUUGUCAUUUCGAAGAAGUUCGGUCUUGACUGGAAGCAAUCCUUUGGCCUUCGCCUUUGGUACUCGAUCGGCCAGGACGAUGAUUUGGCGGCUGCAGUGACUGGAUUCAAGAAUGAUGUUGACCAGGAGAGAGAAUAUCUGCCAUUGCCUUGGUAUAUUGAUCAAGGUGUCAAGCCUCUCUGGGAUGAUGUCGAUGCUGAAAACCGACAAGAUCUUCUCUGGGGUCUUUUGCAACUGUAUGCCAGCGAUGCUUCUGACCUUGAGGCUGUGUUGCGCCCCGAGAACUCACAACUUUCUCCUCUUGACAUGCGUUUGACGUGGCAGCUUGGUCUCGCUCUCUCAUCCAGCGGCAAGGUUUCCUUCGGCCAAGACAGUGCAGAGAAGGCUGACGCAGCUACCGUUGCUUUUGCCUCCCAACUCACUAGCGCUGGUGAAUGGCUUGAGGCUGUAUUCGUUCUGCUGCAUCUGAGCAAACCACUUGCCCGCAAGAUGGCCAUCCAGGAGCACCUUGCUCGGCAUGCUGGUCUUAUUGGAGACGAGAACUCGACCGCGUUCGGUAUCCUUACAGAGAAGUUUUUGAUCCCUUCAUUGUGGAUUUGGGAGGCUCUGGCUUUGUACAUGCGCAGUGUGAAAAAGGAUGCAUACUUGGAGGUUCAGUGUUUGUUGCGUGCUGCCUCCUUUGUGGAGGCUCAUCGUGUUCUCGUCAAGGAGGUUGCCCCACUCGCCAUCGUCGAGCGUGACUACGCAAAUCUAUCCGCUCUCAUUUCUCAAUUCGAGGGUCGACAGGAACUCAUAUCGGAUUGGUCAUUGGGAGGUGAGAUUUACAGCUUCUUCCUUGCUCUCAUACAGCACCGCGCCAAGCACGAGAUUCCGCCACAGCACAUUCUGGAGAAGCUCCUCGCCGGUCUGCACGCGAUGAAUGAAGAAGCAGGAGAUGCUGGCGUUCUAAGAUAUGCUGCUGUGUCGGAUAUGGCAGAUGAGACUGCCAAGGAGAUUAUCAAGGCCAGUAAGAAGAAACAGGAUACGGAACUAAGGUCUAGAAUACUUAACUUGCCUCUGACACAAGACCGUCUACUGGCUUACUCGGUCGAUUUGAGUAUGGAACGAUACCGGGAAGUAAUGUCCCACUAG